AUGCGCCAAGAGUGGAAUAAUUACUCCGGUAUUUGUCGUGAAGGCUCCGCGGGUUAUUUCAAGUGCGGUCAGAUCAUGCAUUUCAUGAGAGAGUACCAAAAGAGUAAGAAAAGCGGUGGAUAUGAGGGAAAUAGAGCACAAUCUUCAUCAGCUGCUCAACCAGACAAGGCUGCUCUUAGGGGAGCUACUUCUAGUGUUGGUGGAGGAACAAACCACUUGUAUACUCUCAAUAAUAGCCAAAAACAGGAAAAUAUGCCAGAUGUUGUUACUGGUAUGAUUCGAGUCUUUGACUUUACUGUUUAUCCAUUGUUAGACCCAGGAGCGAGUUUAUCUUUUCUAACUCUUUAUAUUUCUAUGAACUUUGAAAUUUUUCCUGAGAAACUUAGUGAACCAUUCAGUGUUUCCACAUCUGUUGGCGAAUCCAUUAUAGCUUAA